GAUUUCCCUACCACUGCCCAUAAAAUUUGCGAUAACAAGCCCCUCAGGUGAUCGUCAGCGAAUCCUAUCUACAGAGAUUUAAUACUCGAGAUAGCGAUAGAUAGACGACGAGAAUGCCAGCACCGACAGCGCUUCUUCGAAAGUCUGAUGAGCCACUCUCAGCCGAAGAGCCAUCUUUGGCUUUUUCUUCAGAGCGAGACGAUGAGAUUUUGAUAGAUGCACAAGCAUCCGGCCAGGGAGAAGCAUCAUCUCUGAUUCCCACCGAGUCCGCCCAGGACAGCGACAUGCGCAUUGAUGAAGAGAGCCGACCAGUGUUUACACCAAUAGCGGAUGCCGGGACCGUACUGCGAGUUGAGACUCGAAAGGUGCCAGUUCCUCCUCACCGUAUGACGCCUUUAAAGGCAAAUUGGCCCAAGAUUUACCCGCCCCUGGUUGAGCAUCUCAAACUACAAGUGCGAAUGAACAUCAAGAACCGAGCGGUCGAACUGCGUACCUCUAAAUUCACCACCGACACAGGAGCGUUACAGAAAGGCGAAGAUUUCGUAAAGGCAUUCACACUCGGAUUUGAUGUCGACGAUGCCAUUGCCUUAUUGAGGCUUGACGAUCUGUAUAUUCGCUCAUUUGAGAUCCGUGAUGUCAAGGCUUCGUUGAAUGGAGAACAUCUCAGUCGCGCUAUUGGGCGAAUUGCGGGCAAGGAUGGGAAGACCAAGUUUGCCAUCGAAAACGCAAGCCGAACACGGGUUGUGCUUCAGGGCACAAAAGUUACCAUUUUGGGCAGAUUUAGAGAUUUGGGAAUCGCCCAAGAAGCCAUUGUUUCUCUGAUCUUGGGUAGUCCUCCGGGUAAGGUGUAUGGAAACUUGCGUAAAGUGGCAUCUCGCAUGAAGGAGCGAUUUUGAUACCUAAAUUCUUUUGUUACUUUCUUCCUCGGUUUGACGACAACCUUACUUGGCAUGACAUGGGCGUUUAGGGUUAUGGUAGCCAGUGUUCGAAUGCGAUACAUUUGAUGUGAUGUUUAUAAAAAAAUGUUGUUCCCAAGCAAAGAUAUUCCCUCUCAUGCUGUCAUUACAUAUUUGAAUGAACUGUUAUGAGUAAGACAGAACAAGUGAGGAUCCUCAACAGUAACCCCUCUAGUCUUUCUUCAAAGGUGUAUAGAUCUCUUCUAUCCCUCUCUGAGUGAUCACCAUCAUCUGUAAACCAUCUCCAACUUCGAUAUGUCUCUCAACAGCACUAGUGAACGCGUCCCGAACUAGUUGUUCGACUGUCGCCCUUGGUAAUGGCUCCGCCUUCUUGGGCUCAAGGGCAUGUCCUUCCCCGC